UCCAAGAAAUCUUUUAUCUUCAAAGCAGCAUGGUUAUGAAUUUGAAGUAACCAUUUCUGGUUGUCACAAAAUAAAAAGAAGUCUCAUCAACAUAACUUUAACUUCAGAAAGCGCAGCAUGGUGAACCUAAUAAACCUUUUGGUCUUGCUUUGUAGCAUUCCUCUACCCCCAUGGGUGCUUGAAGAAAUCAGCAAGAAUCCUGACCUUGUCUACAUAGACAGAUAAGGCCAGAGAAACCCUGCAUACAUCUCCUUGGGUUGUGAUUCAAUCCCAGUGCUUAGAGGAAGAACACCAAUUCAGGUCUACUCUGAUUACAUGAGGAGCUUCCGCAAAAGAUUCAAGGAUUUCCUUGGGGACGGUAUAGUGGAGAUUCAAGUGGAGUUGGGCCCUUGUGGAGAGUUGAGAUAUCCGUCCUAUCCAGAAAGCAAUAGAACUUGGAGGUUUCCUGGAAUUGGAGAAUUUUAAUGUUACGACAAGUAUAUGGGAGCCUCCCUAGCAGCAUCAGCAGAGGAACAUGGAAAGAAAGACUGGGUACAAAGUGGCCCGCAUGAUUCUGGCCAGUACAACCAGUUCCCUGAAGAAACAGGAUUCUUCCAGAGGGGCGGAACAUGGAACAGCGAGUAUGGUCAGUUCUUCCUAGAUCGGUAUUCUGGGAAGCUACUAGAGCAUGGUGACAGAAUCUUAGCAGCUGCAGAAGGAAUAUUCCAAGAAACUGGAGCUAAACUAUCAGGAAAAGUAGCUGGAAUUCAUUGGCACUACAGAACAAGAUCUCAUGCAGCCGAAUUAACCGCGGGAUACUAUAAUACUAGACAUCAAGAUGGUUACCUACCAAUGGCACGAAUGUUGGGUAAACAUGGGGUUGUUUUCAACUUCACUUGCAUGGAAAUGAGAGACAGAGAACAACCAGAGAAUGCAAAUUGCUCACCGGAAGGGUUAGUUCGGCAAGUAAAGACAGCAACUAAAACCGCUGGAACAGAACUUGCAGGAGAGAAUGCACUGGAGAGGUAUGAUGCAGGAGAAUAUGCACAAGUUUUGGCAACACGUAGGUCAGAUUCUGGAAAUGGAUUGAGUGCAUUUACAUAUCUACGACUUAAUAAGCAGUUGUUUGAGCCGGAGAAUUGGAGGCACAUGGUGGAAUUUGUUAAAAGCAUGUCAGAGGGUGGUCGAUCAAGACUUCCAGAGAGUGGCUCAAGAACAACAGACCUUCACAUAGGAUUUAUCAAAACGAAUAAUGUGAAGGAGGCUGCUCUUGUGUAAAAAAAUAUUUGCAUAUACAUGUAUAGUUCUGAGUAAUUUCUUCAUUCUACCGCAAUGAGAAAUGAAAGAGUAAGAAAAAGGGGAAAAAAAAGUCAUACAUCAUAUACCAUAUAUGUUUUUCAAGACCAGAAAACCACAAAUGUAUCACUAGUUGUACAACUGAAGGAAGAGUAUUUAGAAAGUUGAUAAGCUCAUUAUUUUGAGGUCCUUAGAGUGACCCAUAGAAUAUUGGGAUAGUAUGUUUUUUAUUUCCAUAAGAAAUAAAAUAAGUUGGUUGCGUUUUUUGUAGCAACUCAUUAGUUUUUCUUUUCUACAUAUAUACUUGUUGAAUAGAGAGCAUUUUGCUGUUCUUUG